UGGGCUUCCGUUUGCUGUAUUGUUCCUAUCUAAAAUAACAUAUCUUAAGGAUAAUAAUCAUAAUAAUAUGUCUAACUAGUAUUAUUCCCGUCUGGGGUUGAGAUAUCGAUAGAUCAGGUCAGAUCGAGAAAUAGCAUAACCAAGUCACUCUCGAUUGUACAAAAAAAAAAUAAUAAUACCUGCCCCCACUCCGUUUUAGCCUGUCCGGUUGAUGCAUGAUUAUUUUGGAUUGAAAAGGAAACAGCCACUCCCAGAGCACAAACCCUUGGUGAAAGAAGACCGGCGAAGGAAAAUAGCCUGUAAUGUGUUCUACAGAAAAAAAAAAAAAAAAAAAAAAGAAGCAGAAGAAAAGAAAAGAGGAAAAGGAAAAAAAAAAAAAAAAAACACGAGAAAAGGAAAGAUGAAAAGCGAUCAGAGAGCUAACGCCGUGAAGCGCCGACCGGGGUCUUGUCUGGUCGAGUGUGACGGUGCCCAUCUAAAGACAUAAGGAAACUUGGCAUAGCAUUCAGCUAGCGGGUAUCAUA